AUGACGUUUAAAUCCCAGGUAGGAUAUCUCAAUUCCAGGAUACAUUGGAUGAAACCACUGAUCCCAGACAUAGAAAAGUAUUGCAAUUCGUUGGGUGAUCCCAAGGAUGAAGUAGAAAAUUUCAAAGAAAUAAUGAAGGAAGGCGCUGCACUCGUUACCAAGUGCUCCACCAUUAGCCGGUGGAAUGCCUUCAAACAGUACAAAUAUUCCAAGAAGCUUCAUGAUUUGGACAAACGUCUCAGCAUGCAGUUAACCAUACUCAAGGAGGAGGGAGUGAGGGAAUGGAAGAAGAACUUGUAUAGCUUAAAGCACAUUGGGGAGAAAUUUGAGAAAUUGGAAAGUUAUUUAAUUGUUAUUUAG